CUUGAACCAAACAAAACAAACCAACCCAUUUUUGUUUCCUUUUCCAAUUUCCAUCCGAAUUAUUAUAAUAAUAAAAAUAGACUUCAGUGGCAGCGUCUGCUUCUGCUGGGCUUCACCACAAUGAAGGACUUCCAAUCCGAUUUAUCCUCCGUCGUUCGCCUCAACAUCGGAGGCAAGAAAUUUUGCACCACCACCGACACUCUCACUCAGCGGGAACCCGAUUCAAUGCUCGCCGCUAUGUUCAGUGGCCGCCACACGCUUUGCCAAGAUCCUCAGAAGGGGUAUGUGUUUGUUGAUAGGGAUGGCAAACACUUCAGGCACAUUCUCAAUUGGUUAAGGGAUGGCGUGGUGCCCACUCUAGAGGAAUCUCAGUACUCCGAGCUGUUGAGGGAAGCUGAGUACUAUCAGCUACUU